GAAACGGAGUCAAAUGUAAAUACACCAUUUUUCCAGACCCAAACUUGGGCUGCUGCGUGGGAGCUCCGACCAGUGCCGAAUUCUAGCAGGGUACAAGAAUCAGGAACGCGGUUAUUCAGUGAGCUGCUUCGUUCUGCGCCAGGGACGACUUAACCGCGCGCGGCAGGUGCGCAUGCGCGACGCGGGAGCGGGAGCAAGCACAGUGUGGAAGUGUGGCGGGCCUUAGGUUCUUCAGAGCCGCCACCGUGCUCCGUACUGCUGAGGUCCCGGAUACAGACGGUGGCCGGGAAGGCUGAUCCAGCCGUUUUGCUGGGCGGACUACCUUCGAGAUACGUACCCAUGUUGGAAGAUGCCAGCUACUGCAUAUGAAAGAGUAGUUUACAAGAACCCCUCGGAGUACCACUACAUGAAAGUCUGCCUAGAGUUUCAAGAACAUGGAGUGGCACUGAAUGUAGCCCAGUUCAAACAGCUGCUUGUUUCAGCCCUGAAAGACCUGUUUGGGGAGGUUGGUGCUGCGUUACCCGUGGAUGUUCUCACCUAUGAUGAGAAGACUUUGUCAGCCAUCUUGAGAAUAUGUAGCAGUGGUCUGGCCAAAUUAUGGAGUUCUUUGACCUUAUUUGGAGCCUAUAAGAGUAAGAAAUGUGCCUUCAGAGUGAUUCAGGUAACAGCUUUCCCUUUACAGUCCCAAGAGCUGCUGAGCACGGCACUGAUGGGGUGGGAUUGGGGUGUGUCUCAUACUUGUCUAUCUGCUUCUGGAACUGAGGCAUAGUGGUCAGAUUUUAAGUCACCCUUGUUGCAGGAUGUUUGCUCUCACUGUGAGUCUAGAGAUUGUGUUAUUUACUGAAAAAACUAUUUUUAGUUGUGGUGUGGCUUAGCUCUUAGCACAUACCUUUAAUCUCUGUGGCUGGAAUAUGGACAUGCUCUUAGCACACACCUUUAAUCCCAAGCAAUGAAGGUAAAGUUAGUUUGAAGAAGGAAGCAUCCAUGUUUAGAAAUGAUGUCUAAUUGAGUGGCAGACAAAGUGUUGAGUCAGAAAGAUUUGAUAGGAUAGGCUAUGCCCAACUCUCACGAGAAGAGAGGAAAAAGGUUACUUAAAAGAGCAGCACAGAAGAAAGGGAAGAAGGAAGCAGUUUUCUGGGAGAGUUUUACAGUGACCCAUUGAAGAGAGAACGAGCUAGACACGGGAGAAGACAGAAGGAGGCAGAAGGUUCGAACAGAUUCCUAGAGUUAGUUAGAGGCCAAGUGGAGCAAUUCAGGAGAAGCCGAGAAGCCAGAUUGCAUCAGUCAGUUUGGAGAGGAGUUUGAGUCAGAACAGCAGAGUUGAAUCAGGCAGACAGAGCUCAGGAAGAACUAGGAAGGGGUGAGCUUAUUCAUUAGUAAGUUCCAGAGGAUGAAAACAUUCUAGGCCUUGGUAAGACUAUGUGGAGGCUAAGAGCUUCCAGGACUAGGCCUUGAACUUAGCAGAUGGCAGUAAGCCUCAGAGACAACAAUUACAUCAGGCGAAUAAAAGUUACAGUUACACAUACUAGAGAUACUUGGACAUCAAACUUGGAAUUCUUGUGAUAAAGUCUUUUCUUACUGAAUGUUACACCAGAGAUAUCUUGGCAGGCUGUUUCCCGGCUUAUGAUUACUUGUUCAGCCAGGGCUUCCAUGAUGCCCUUAAAAUGUGACUGCUGCAGUUCUGGGCAUGCUGUGAAAUCUACAUGUUUCUGUGA